AUGAGGCUCGUAGAUACUGCGAAACUUUUAGAACUUCAAAACAAACCUUCGAAAAUUCGUAAUAUUUGCAUUGUUGCACACGUGGAUCACGGAAAAACUACCUUAGCCGAUUCCUUAAUAUCUAGUAAUGGUAUAAUAUCUCAGAGAAUGUCAGGAAAACUACGGUAUAUGGACAGCAGACCGGAUGAACAAGAGAGAGGUAUUACCAUGAAAAGUAGUAGUAUUUCCUUAUACCAUGUGUUAGAAAAGCAAGAAUAUCUUGUAAAUCUUAUUGAUUCUCCUGGCCACAUUGAUUUUUCAAGCGAAGUAUCCACUGCAGUUAGAUUAUGUGAUGGAGCAAUUGUUGUGGUGGAUGUCGUUGAAGGUGUUUGUCCGCAAACAAGAUUAGCACUCAAACAAGCAUAUUCGGAAAAUAUAAAGGCAGUACUGGUAUUAAACAAAAUUGACCGGCUGAUUUUAGAAAUGAAAAUGACAGCUCUUGAUGCUUAUGUCCAUAUAAGUCAAGUGCUGGAGCAGGUCAAUGCUGUUAUGGGAGAAUUGUUUGCAUCUGAUAUUUUAAAGAACGAAGAAAAUUUCAUUGAAAAACAGCAAAAAAUACCAAAUGUUUUGACCGAGGAACAGUCAAAUGAAGAUAACAAUUUUUAUGAUUGGACUUCAGCACUAGAAGAUUCAGAUGAUUCAAUGCUUUAUUUUUCACCUGAACAGGGGAAUGUAGUAUUUGCCAGUGCCAUUGAUGGAUGGGGUUUUACAAUACAGACAUUUGCGAAAUUAUUUUCUGAAAAACUUGGAGUUAAAGAGGAUAUUCUUCGAAGAGUUUUAUGGGGAGAUUUUUAUUUAAAUACUAAAACAAAGCGUUUUAUGAAAGGCGCACAGGAGAAAGCAAAAAAACCAUUAUUUGUACAAGUUAUAUUUGACAAUUUAUGGAAUGUCUACGAGACAGUUAUUUUAAGAAAUGAAAAGGAAAAAGUUCCUGUUAUUUGUGAAAAACUCGGAAUAAAACUUACAACUCGAGAUCUCAGGCAUACAGAUAGCAGAAUUCAAUUACAAUCGUUGAUGAUGCAGUGGUUGCCCUUAUCAUAUACAGUCCUUAAUAUGGUGUGCAAAGAAUUACCUUCACCAAAAGAAAUAUCACCCGAAAAGGUUGAGAAAUUAAUGUGCUCACAAAUUCGUGACUUUGAAUCUUAUCACGCUGAAACCAAAAAACUCAAAAGUGACUUUUUAGCCUGUGAUAGUAGUGACGAUAGACCAUUAAUUAUUUUUGUAUCAAAAAUGUUUAGUUUUGAAAAAAAGUUUUUACCGGAAAAUAGACCUAAGGCGUUGACCGCUGAAGAAAUGUCUUUAAGAAGAGAAAGGGCGAGGCAAAUACGGGAAGAACAAAAACAAAAUCAUGCUAAUUUAGAAACUACGCAAAAUAUUGAAGUGAAGGACGCAGAAAAUGACAAUAAUCUUGAAAAGGGUGUUGAAGAUGAAAUUGAAAGGGAAAAUCAAAAUCAACCUGCAUUUAUAGCCUUUGCUAGAAUUUUCAGUGGUAAAGUUAAAAAAUCCGAUAAAGUAUAUGUAUUAGGUCCAAAACAUGAUCCAUCAAAGGCAUUAAGUUUCAUAGAUUUAAAAGUAGAUGCCAAUAAGAAAUUAAAAGACUUACAUAGUGAUGAACAUAUAACUAUAGCCGAAAUUAAGUCUUUGUAUAUUUUAAUGGGAAGGGAAUUAGAAGAAAUAGAUGAAGCAGUAGCUGGCAAUAUAAUAGGUAUUGGUGGACUGGACGAACAUAUACUAAAGACCGCUACUCUAAGUAGUACAAUAGCGUGCCCGGCAUUUUCCGAAAUUCAGUACGCAGCUGUACCAAUAUUAAGAGUAGCAAUCGAACCUAUUUACCCUUCGCAACUACCUCAACUUGUCAAAGGGCUCAAACUUCUUAAUCAAUCAGAUCCAUGUGUGCAAGUAUUGCUGCAGGAAACUGGCGAGCACGUAUUAGUCACAGCCGGUGAAGUUCAUCUUCAGAGAUGUUUGGAAGAUUUAAAGAAUAUUUACGCAAAAAUACCUUUAUCAGUGUCGGAACCAAUAGUACCGUUUAGAGAAACGAUAGUUGAUCCACCGAAGAUAGAUAUGGCAAAUGAAGAAAUAGAUUCUCAAAAUAUAGAUAAAGGGUUAAGUGCACAACAGGCUCCUGUGAUAACUAUAUAUACUAGCAAUAAACAAAGUAAAAUUAAAAUAAAAGCGAAGCCUAUACCUAAAGAAAUAACAGAACUUUUAGAUAAAUCAACAGAUCUACUUAAGGCUAUUUCUCAACACAUAAAAACCUUACAUGGAUUAUCAAGAAAUGAAAAGCUUGACAGCCAAUUAGAUAAAUUACAUCUUAAUGGAACUAAAAAUCAAUUAUCGGAACGAAUGCUAAAGCUCAUAGAGAUUUUCAAAUCUAAUCUACAAACCAUUUGUGAUAAACUGAGUCCUGAAUGGAAGAACCUUAUCGAUCAAAUAUGGUCAGUGGGUCCAAGAAAUUGUGGACCAAAUUUGCUCCUCAAUCAAACAACAGAUUAUAAAACUAAAUAUAUCUAUCACGAAGAAGAGAUAAAAGAAGAUCCACGAUUCGAAUACGAAAGUAGUUUCGUAAAUGGAUUUCAGUUAGCAACAUUGGCUGGUCCAUUGUGCGAUGAACCAAUGAUGGGAGUCGCUUUUUGUGUUGAAGAGUGGACACUAGACAAAAGUUACGUAGAAGAUACUACGCACACAUUCGGACCACUUUCAGGUCAAAUUAUGUCAGCAGUGAAAGAAGCAUGCAGAAGAGCGUUUCAAGUCCAACCUCAGCGUUUGAUGGCUGCCAUGUAUUCAUGCGAUAUUGUCGUAGAUCAAAAAGUAUUAGACGAUUACAACCUCUUUGAACCCAACAUACUUUUUCCUAAAUGA